CCACUCUUCUCCUCCCUCCAUCUGCCAUGUUGUUCGAUUCUCUCGGUUUAUAAAGUUUCCCAUCUACCGUUUCAAAAAAAAAAAAAAAAAAGUUUCCCAUCUUUUCUGGAUCAUCCAAAUUUUUUGCCUUUUAAUUCUUUUCCUUGUUUUUAUGAUACCCUUUUGCUCCAACCUGCCUUUCCAAUUGAAUAAAGCAAUACCCAUUUGCUUGGAUUAAUUCUUUGUAAAGAUUAAUGAAUUUCAAAGAGGAAGUUCAAUUGUUGCACGGUUGUAUUGGUCAAGUUGGAAAUCUUGUGGUUAAGCUACUGUGGCACCUCCAACAUGUUAUGGUCAGUUUAUGGUACUUUGGAAUUGGUAUGGCUGAUUCACUUGAAAGCUAUUGCAUCUCAAAAGGACUACUUAGGAGAUACAAAUCCCUCCAUAUAGGCAGGCUCCGGUAUCUAGCCAUUGUAGUAGAAAGUGAGGAUGCUCACCAGACUGCAAAAAUUAUUGAGCUUCUGGAGUGGCUAGCAGCUGUUGGAGUAAAGCAGGUGUGCCUAUAUGAUACAGAAGGUAAAAAUUUCCUGGAAUCACAUGAAAAUGAUAUUCUACUGGACCAAAAAAAUUUUACCUUGGAAUUUGCAUCAUUCUCUGAUGGAAAGGAAGCAGUGGUGAAAGCAGCCAAUGUACUUUUUAUGAAGUAUUUCAAAUUGAGUGCCUCUUGCAGGAAUCAGGAAGACCAAAUUUUUACAGAAGCUCAGAUGACUGAGGCCCUAAAAGCUGUUGGUUGCAUAGGGCUGGAACCUGAUCUUUUACUAGUUUAUGGACCUGUCAGGUGUCACUUAGGUUUCCCUCCAUGGAGACUACGCUAUACUGAGAUCAUACAUAUGGGACCACUGAAGUUCAUGAGGUAUGGAUCCCUAAGAAAGGCCAUUUACAAAUUCACAAUGGUCCGCCAAAACUAUGGUAAGUGAGGUGCUGCAUUCAGAGAAAAGUUGAUUUUUCCCAUUAGAUCAUUCUCUUGGAUAAUGACUGUAACGGCAUGUAAUAAACACAAGCCUUUUGACCUCAGCCAUUAGGAACCUAUGCUCUUUUUCCAUGGCUGAUAACCCCCCAAAACAUGUCUCUUGUGGUGGUUAGCAUUUUCCGAAGGCUGUACUUCUUUCUUUCUUUCUUCUUUCUCUCUUUGUCAAUGAAUCAUUUAGCUGGUAAAUUUCUGCCUAAUCAGUGAAAUGGUAAAUUUGCAAUCUCAUCAUAUGCUUUUCUUGUUAUAUUUGCUAAUUUCAUUUAUCAUAUAAAUUCAGGUAAAUAAAUUAUUGAUCUUUAG